AUGUCUCAACACACUCAGGAUCCAAGCCGUCUUGCGAAGAUUCACGACCUAAAUUUAGACCUGUUCUUCAACACUGUCGACCUGAAGGAGAGUGAUCUUGGGGUAGAAAAUGGGCUACUGGGUAAAGACGACCUCAAUAUUCUAGUUGCAACUGUACACGCGCAGGAUGCUAUACUGGAUGGCUUUGAUCCCAACAACAUAGACUACGAGAACAUCAACGCUGACAUCUCAUACUCUGCAGACCUAAAGUAUGUACUCGAAGACCGAGAUAUCAUGGCGCAACAGCAACAGCCGCAUUCUCAGCAAAGGCAUGAUUCACAUAACCAAGCACAGUUUACAAUCUCCCAACCUGGUCAACAGUGGCGUCCAGAGUCUCACCCGCCACAAGCACCUCUGCGCGUCUUACAACGAUCGUAUGCGUCACAGCCCGUGCAGCUGUCUCAUGCUCAGGCACAAACACCGUGGUUGCAGCACGAUUCAGUGCCACAGGGCCGACACAUGCAGGAUAUAAACCAACAGCAGUACGCCGCACAUCAAUACACAACGUCGGCAUUAUCAGAGAAAGCUUCCACAGAACCACUAGGUGGGCUUUACUAUCCUAGUCUAGGAACUUAUUCAGCAGUCCCAUCGUCCGUAAUGGCUACCGAAUUGAAAGCUUCUAAGAAGUCGAGUGGCGAUUGGACGCAGAAGGAACCAGCUGCAACACGAAAAGCACAAUCUCCUGCUCAAGCACAAGUAUCAGCACAAACGACUCAACCAGUCGCCGCAGCUGUACCGUCAGCCAUAGGAUUCAAACGCUUUGCGGAGGCUAAGCAAGCGGCAGUCACCCGCGUGAUUCUCCACAACUACACUCCCCCAGUCAACGACUCUAGCUUACCCAAGGAUGAUGAUGAUGCAACCCGCAAGGUCUGUAUUCGUCAGAUGUACGACGCCUACGUCGAUAUAACCCAAUGCAUCGACCGCGCCACCGUUGCCAACUUCGAUUCGCAUUUUGCCACUCUCUCAUCUAAUCCGCCUACAUCCCCUAUCACACCUGUCAUGAUCUCUACCAUCUGUUGGCAUCUACUCACCAUCGCUAUCGAGCUUCAUACUUGCGGUCCUGUGUCUCUCAACAUCUAUGACCCAGCAAAGCUCAAGAACAUAUACACGCACCGGAGCUUGACGUUCGAAGCGCGUAUCGACGCGGUGUGUGAACUGUUGAAGCUGAGUAAGGCUAGAUGUGCGAGGCUACUCAAACUUGAUGGCUUGGACAUGGUUGUUGCGAAUGCGCCAAUGUUGUGUAGACAAACGAAGGCUAAUCAUUUCUCGAAUGGCCAUAGACAAAGUUACCUGGCUGCUGGAAAUGAUGCUGUCGCUGGCAAGAAGAGAGAUGCUUCGGAGAUGAACAGCGAUGAAGUGGAGAAGACUGAUGCUGGUGAGUCGAACGAGUAUGAAAAUGGUGCUACAAAUCCGCAGAUCGAGGUACCGUCGCCAUUCAUCGCUCAAGAACGCAACUCAGCCCUAGUCAACAGUAUCACCGUAGCUGACAAGAACACACGUACAGCUCUGAGAAUGGUAUACCCAGAACAGUGGCAGCAACAGGAUGAAUGGGCCCGUCAGUAUGCACCCCAGGUAUCUCUAGAACAGCAGCAGCAAUCACAGCAACCGCACAGUACAUUCACUUAUCAACAUCCGCCCCAAAUAUUUCCAGUACAACAGCCACAACAGCAGCACAACGCAUGGGGUGAUCAUUUUACUCCAAGCCCUCACAAUACGGGAACAAGCGCCGCAUGGGCUUGUCAGUACGGACCACAUGUAAUUCCAGAGCAGCACCGGCCAAACUCUUGGGGUCAUCAGUAUGCACCACAUGUAUCCACAGAGCAGCAGCAGCAACCACGUGCAGUACGUGGUUCGUAUGCACAACAACACUCUCCCAACAUGGGUGUAAAUACUCCUAUCCCCAGUCCAGCGACCUAUGGCAACAACCACUUCUACGGAGAAACCUAUCUCAACCUGAUCCCGCAAUAUAGCUUCUUUAACGGUCAGAUGGUAUCAAAUAUGCCCGCGACGGUCACACCUCAACAACAACAACACAACAUUACUCAGCAGAAUAUCGUCGCAGCACCACCUGCUGAUCAAGGCUUGACAGCGCCUGCACAGUGCCCUCACCCGUCCGACAUAGUCAAUUCCCUUAGUCAAGCAAUGGCUACCAUGCCGCAGCAGAACUGGCACUGUCCCAAAGAUGAUACAACACUUCCAGCAACAGACGAAGACCGUGAGCAGUGGGUUCAAAUGCUUCUCAACGCCAUGAACAAUCUUGAUGGUAUCGAAGGCAACCAAGGCCAAAAGAACCAGAACUCGUUGCAGAAGCGUUGGCGUGGGCCUUUAACAGGGCCUGAUUACUACCUGCCUGCAGACAAGUUGAUUCUCUGCUGGACAAUAGAAGAUCUGGCAGAGCGUUUGCACCGCUUAGGGCCUUCCGUAUUCCAUUCGUUCGACGCCAAUUUCUGGCACCAGGCUGCAAGAACACGCAACUGGACUUUUGAGGAUCGUAUGACGUGGAUCAUAAAAUUACUUAGGGUGUCGAAGACCAGAUGCGAUAGCUUGUUGGGUGGAAGCGGCCUGCAGGGUAUUGUCGCCAACCCAGCUGAGAAACUUGAUGCUACCAGAGCACAGGCAAAACAGAACGAGAAGCGUAGUGAGACUCUGAAACUUGGCCGCGUGAUCAAGAAGCAGGAGACUGAUCGAGUAACUAAGAGGCAGAAGGAGGGCGAAUGA